AUGGACUUCGUCUCAAAUUCGGCGUCCCUCGUUCAACAAGUUUUUCACCUUUACCGCCAUAUCUCGUCGUCACAAAAUUUCUCAGACACCGCUGGCGCCCUAUCUGCUCUCAUCGCAGUUGAAUACUUUCGCUUCGAAAGCUGGGUGCAAGCAAGCGGGCUCGUCACCAAAGAUCCCGCAUCUGGGGAGCCCGUUGUCCACGAUAACUCGCUGCGACGAUGCAUCCUCCUCGCUGCCGACGCCAACUGGGCCACCCUGGACUAUAGGACAGUAGAGGAGACAAUUCUGGGAAUUCUCUCUGAGGUGUACAGAUGCCUUGAGAAACUCAACAAGCUGAGGGGAAAGUACGCCAUGCACCUCACGUCCGGGUUGUCGUCAUCCUCCAUCCCUCCUGGGCAGGUUUCGCAAGGCACCGCCCCGUCGCCGGCCUCGACUCCCGCGCCCACUGGGCUCCAUAAUGUUGAUCCCCUCUUUUCCAGUCCGCGUGUCGCUGCGACGCUGUCUCGGGAUACUACCAUUCGACAGGAGCGUAGCCGAGCCGUGAGCUUCUUCCGCAAGGUCAACUUCGCCUGGUCGCUUUCUAACGAUGUAAGCGAUAGAGUGAAGCUCGAGGAGGCCCUGAAGACACUGAGGGAUCUCAAUGACCACCUAGAAUUGAUCCUCCCGUCGUCUAGUCGGAGUGGCAAUGGAGCCGAGGUGACUGGGCGACUUGUUAGUCUCAAGAUGCUGUCAGUUACAGCCGAGCCGACGGAAUUGCGAAGCAUUGGAGAGGCAAUGGUGACACGGGCCGGUCACGUUGAUCUAUACCAGGCCAUACACACCGCUGCUAUUGUCAAGGCAAAGAGACUCGAGGGAGGCGUAUCGCCGUCGGAGUUAAAACGGGUGGUCCUUGAGAUAAAUAUGCUAGUCGGACCUCAAGCACCCAGUCAAGGGAAACAAACUCGCACUCUAUGCAAAUUUCGAUCAGACGGUUCUAUAGUUUUGGUAGAAGGGACGCAAUACCCGGAUUCCCUCCCCGACGCCGACAUCCAGCUACUCAACGAACGGAUCGCCACUCUCGCACUACUUCUCAAGCUCGCGGGCCAUCCCUACUUUAAGCCACUCCCCGGUUGCCACGGCUACAUCCGCUACACUCGCACACAGUUCGGCCUCGUCUACUCUCUCCCCGACUCAGCAGACCCAAGUCGCGAGCCCAUCCCGCUCUACUCCCUUCUCCCCACCACAAGCCGGCGCAAUCUUGAAACAUUUGGCAUGACCAAACGCAUCAGCCGCAACACCCUGCCAGCCCUCGAGGAGCGCUACCGUCUAGCCCACGCCCUGGCCGACGGUGUCCUCUCUCUACUGAGCGUCUCCUGGGUCCAUAAGAGCCUCUGCAGCUGGAACAUUCUCCUCUUCCGAUCCCGCACCAGUCAGGGCGCUAUCGACUUUAGCCGACCUCUCAUCGCCGGUUUUGGUGUCUCGCGCCGCGAAAAGCCAGGGGAAAUCACCAUUGACACGCGCGAUCCCGACUGUCCGCUCCGCUUGUGGCAGCAUCCAGAUCUACGUGGUAGCACACAUGUGCGAUUUCAACCGAAGUACGAUCUUUACUCGCUCGGAUUGAUGCUCUUUGAGAUUGCGAUGUGGCAGGACUUGCCGAGUUUUGACGGGCAUGAGGAUCUUCAGACGUAUGUGCUGAAUCAUUCGGGGGUUGUCGCGCAUAGGAUGGGUACGACGUAUCGGGAUGCGAUGAUGGCAUGCUUGGAUGAUGAUUUUAGGUGGGAUGAAGCAAGUGUUCCCGGGGGAGAGACGAUGCCGUUGGUGUUUGCAGAUGAUGUUGUUGCGAAGCUGUUGCUUUGUGUUGAGGGGUCUAAGUGCUAG